GCGGCCUCGAAAUAGCGAAAGCGGCGGCGUAGCGUCAUUCGGGAGCGCCGGCGCCGGGAAGGAGGAAGAUGGCUGGCAAGAAGAACGUUCUGUCGUCGCUGGCGGUUUACGCAGAGGAUUCGGAGCCCGAGUCGGACAGCGAGGCUGGAGUGGAAACGGCUGGGAGCGCGACCGCAGCGGAGGAAAAAGGUGGCUUAGUGUCUGAAGCCUAUGGAGAUGAUGAUUUUUCUCGACUUGAGGGAGAUGAAGAUGGUUAUGAGGAAGAGGAUGAAGAAAACAGCAGACAAUCGGAAGAUGACGAUUCAGAGACUGAAAAACCUGAGGCUGAUGACCUAAAGGAGUUUUCAGAACUGGAAAAGCGAGAUCCCCAAGAGCUGGUUGCCUCCUUCUCUGAGAGAGUUAGGAACAUGUCUCCUGAUGAGAUUAAAAUCCCCCCAGAGCCACCUGGCAGAUGCUCAAAUCACCUCCAGGACAAGAUACAGAAAUUAUAUGAGAGGAAGAUAAAGGAAGGGAUGGAUAUGAACUACAUUAUCCAGAGGAAGAAGGAAUUUCGGAAUCCCAGCAUCUAUGAGAAGCUUAUCCAGUACUGUUCAAUCGAUGAGCUUGGCACCAAUUAUCCCAAGGACAUGUUUGACCCCCAUGGAUGGUCUGAGGAUUCCUACUAUGAGGCUCUAGCCAAAGCACAGAAGAUUGAAAUGGACAAAUUAGAAAAAGCCAAAAAGGAGAGAACAAAAGCUUAUUGCAGGGACGUGUCUGCAGCGCCUGGGGAGGUGACCGGAGCUGUCCUUCCCCUGUGCAGGCACCACCUCCUCCUGGGUAUUGAGUUUGUGACAGGCACCAAGAAGGGCACCACGACCAAUGCCGCUGCCACAACAACCACCACAGCCAGCACCGCAGCGACAGAUGCUCAGAAGAGGAAGAGUAAGUGGGAUUCUGCUAUCCCGGUGACGACGAUAGCCCAGCCUACCAUCCUUACCACCACAGCCACCCUGCCAGCCGUUGUCACUGUGACAACUAGUGCUAGUGGCUCCAAGACCACCGUCAUCUCAGCCGUGGGCACCAUUGUGAAGAAAGCCAAGCAGUGACGGACCUGCUACAGGGUUGGGCGUACUUCUUGUUGAAGGACAGGAAAUGCUACCCCAGGACUUUGCCAGGACUGUGACCCCAAGAUGUGGAGUGCCCCCUUGGACAUGGCAACCCAUGCAGUCACUGGACUAAGGCUUUCCAAAGAGCUUCCCAUCAGCUAGGGAUGGGUUUCUGUCUUGCCAACUUUCACAAAACAUUCUCUUUCUAGUCCUAGUGAGAGAAUCUGUGGCCUAGUCAUCCAAAAGGACCCUUAUUGCCGAUCCGGGGCAGUACAGACUGCAUUCAGCCAUGUUAAUUUGGCAUCUGUUGCUCUAUUAAAAGUGCUAUAUCAAUAUAGCCCAGCAUCCCAGGUAGUUUCUUGUUCUACAGACUCAGUCUUUAAGCAAAUGUGAAGUUUUGCCUUGGAGGCUUUGAUGACAGAGUGGGGCAGCAUUUGUGCUCUUGUAGUAUAUGCGGGGAGGAGAGAUCCGUGCAGAGGAUUCGUGAGUCCAAGGCACUGGUAAGGAGAAGAGUGGCCAAGGAAUUUUCUAUAGACACAACUGAAGCUAGUACCUAGUACCCUAGUAUCACCUCCAGUAGCAGGGUUGAGGAUAAAGAGGAAAGUAUAGCAGAGAGCGUGUACCAAGCCAACUACCCUUUUGCCAUUGAAUACCCUGAACAUUGAACCUUGUCAAGUAGCUAUUCCCAGUAUUUCCCACCCUCUUUUCCUCUCUUUCUCUCUCUCCACUCUCCACCUGUGGGGAAAGUGUAGAAACUCCCCUGGGCACUUCUCAAGUUCACAGUAAGUUAGGCUUCCUAAUUGUCAGUCAGAGUUGUUACUGACAGGUCAAGUAUAAUUUGGGGGAGGUGGGCUUGGUUUGGUAGAGCUCUGGUUGAAGGGUGUGGCAUUCUCUCUGUUGCUGAUAUUGCUGUCCCAGCCCUUUGGUACCUUGUGUGCUCCUGGCCUUUCAGGCUUUAAAGUAGCCGGGGAGAUGAAUCACCUCCGCUAUGGUGGGGUAGUUGUUCAUUGUUUACAUAAAAGUAUCUCAUAGGAGAAUUCCUAGCCGCCCCACCCUUCCUCUCCCCUUGUUAUCUCUGCCCUACAGCCACCUCUAGAGCCGUUCCCUGUUUUAAACUAGGUUUCCCAGCCUAAUCCCAAAGGGAAAUCUUUUAUUUUUAUUUUUCUCUCUGGUAACUAAACUUUGCACUUUUGGGGGAAGGCUGAGUGUCAAGCGAAGGAAGCUGCGCUGUGAAGAACAGCAUCAUUUCCAUGAUGCAGAGAGCCCUGCUUAAGGCCCGAGUACUUUGCUGAAGCAGGUCUUAUGCAGUAUUCAGUGCUGGAGCCUUGUUCGACACCUCGACCCUGGUUUCUGACUCCCUGUCAUUCUUCCCCUAUUCAGCUGUGACUUGACUCAUCUCAUCAUUCAGCUGCUACCUUGUAUGAAGGCCAGCGACUGUAAAUGGUAACUGCCCUUCCAAGCUAGCUAAGUAUAUGUAGACCACCGUUAUCUGGUGUUUGGGGCAAUACAAAAACGCAUUGCCCACAAGGACAAUUCACAGGCUUUGUACUGAGCAUGAAACCUUGCCAACUGUCUUAGCUUGAGUUGCAUUCUUGGUAGUUCAUUAGAUAUGGGUAGCUAUCUAUCUUGUAGAUGUGGUUGCCUAUGACUUAUGGGUAUUUAUAAUUGAGGUCUAAAAACAGAGUCAGUGUCUUCCCCUGUGUCCACCACUGAGAACAUUAGGGAAUUAUGGGCUUCAUUAAGCAUCUGACUCAGGCUCCACUCACUGGGGAAUUCAGAAGCCCCUGCAAGCCAAUUUGGCUCCAGUUAUGUGUUCCAUGUGCCCAGGAAGGACCCAGAUCAAAAUCUGAAAUCCAGACACCAUCCCCACAUACCAGAGACAACAAAUAGAGAGGGAGUGUCUGUCCCUUACCAGACUUCCCCCACAUACAUGAUUUUCUCCUAUCUGACUUCUUGGCAAGGGUCUAGCCCUGGAGAGACAACUGUGCUGCUGCCCACCUUGCCAGGCCCCAGGAGGAUCACAGAAUUUUAGAACUGGAAAAGGCCAUACAGGUCAUCUAGUCCACUUCCCCCAUUUUACAGAUGAAACGGCAAAAACGCAACUCAACAUUUAAUAAGCAGUGUCAGGCACUGGCAGGGAUACAGAGACAAAUAAGGCUGUGGCUCUGCCCUCAGAGGAUUCAUAAUCUCAUGGGAAAGAUAAAAAAAUCAAAUAAGAAUAACCCACAUUAGGAUAUGGGUUAAAUGUAUGAGAGGUAUUUGAACAGAGGGGUUAUAUAAUCAAAGCUGUACAUUAAGAUUUUCUGGUAGUGAUGUCCUUUGGGGAGAGGAGAAGCUGGAGGCAGAGACCGCUUAAAAACCUAUUGAUAAGGUGUAGAAAGCAAGAGGCAAUGAAUCCAAGCCUGAUUUAGGGAGGUGAUGAUGGAAAAGGAAAGGAUGAACGGAAAAGGGUGUAUUGGGAUAGAUAGACUAAACAGGGGAGAUGGGUAAGGCAAGAGAGUGAAUGAUGGUGUCAGGUAUUACAGGUUUAGACCUUGAGUGGGGAGUCUGAGGAGUGUGUUGGGGGGAAUGCCUUGCCAAGUUCUAGGGAAGCAGAGGUGUGAGGAAUAGAUAUCUCUUUGUACCUGUUUGCCAGUGAAAGGGAUGACAAUAGCUUAAGGGUAUAACAGAAUUCAGGGAAUGAUGUUUAGAAUAAGGAGGAAUCAAAGGCGUGAAAUGGAAUGAGAGAGUUGCUAAAAAUGGAGACUAAUGAAAGCAGAGAGUAAG